AUGGAAGAGGGCAGAAACAAAUCCUUAACAGUAAAACACUUCAUCUUUGACGCCAGCAAGUGUUCUUCACCAUCAGUAUCUGACCCAGCGUACCUCAGGGCGAACUACGGUCCGUGGGCCGCAUCUAAAAAGCUCGUUAGAGGCUCCCGUCCGAUGCAACGUCGUAGUGACUGGGUUCAAAUGCAGAGACAUCCGCUGAUUUACGCGUUUCCAGACACUCCUGGCGUAGCGCGACAGACACAGCUCACUUUAACGCUAACUUUGUACAUUCACUCGCCGCAAAUUCGAAUGUUGAUACUCCUGCCAACAUUUUCAACUCAAUUUGCAAUCGGUUUCCAAACCCUGACCUACCUACAACUACUUUGCCCCAACUUCGGCACCAUCAACAAUAAAAUUAAACCGGACGGAUGUACAAAAACGUCAAUUAAGCUGCUGAAAAAAGAAUUAAAACAACUUAAAUUUUUGGGCCGCAAUAACCAUCAUUUCGACAACCAAAUAAGGUCGGUUCAGAGAGUUCAACAACUCCCAACCACCGCAAAUGAAUACGUGCUAAACAAUGCGUCACACACGAGGCACAUGAUGGGCGGGCAUCUUUUUGUCUUAUUCGAACCCGGUUACUGCGCUACGCGCUCUCAGUACCAGACGACCUUAACCACUAGGCUAUUGCACUACCUCUACGGUGCUACAUGA